AUGGGGCUGCAACACUUUCUGGACUCUGGGGCCUUGGGCAAGCACAUCCAAGCGGUCUCAGACGAUUUGAAGGAAAGACGUGAUUUCCUGUGCCAGAAGCUGGAGGAACUUGACCUUGAGUUUGUGAAGCCAGAUGGGGGCUAUUUCGUCUGGGUGAAGGCGAAGGGACGAAGGAUUGGACGCUUGGGAGAGUCCAUGACCAUCCAUGAGGACAAGUUUCACGAUCACAUGCGGCUCUGUUUCAGCUGGCUGUCCAAAGAUCA